ACAUCUUUAUUCCCAUCUUCCCCUGGCCGCCAUCUUGAAAUGUAAAUGUUUGUUUCCUCUGAUUGACGUUUAAACUAAAGGUAGCAAUUUAUAUUUGUUCAGAUCUCGUCGUGCAGGAUGGAUCACAUAGUAGUACAAACGCAGGAAUAACAAAGUUCUCAACUGAUGGUAUGGAGCAGGKGUUCCCAUACGUUUUCACUCAGGCCUCCCUUCCUGAAUUGGGGAACAUCCCGCACCCCCCUUGUGCGCACCACGUCUAUUUCUAUGGGCAUAAACACUGUUCAUGACUGAUUGUUCACACCCCUCUUGUUGGCGGAGAGCAAAUGUUGCAGGUUUAAAGCUUAUUCCCUGCAAUUCUACACAUGUCAUGUAGUGCAGGUCCAGAAUGCAUAGUGCUCAAUCCCUGUCAGUAUCAAGAUACGAUUCAACCACCCUGGCCUCCUAACCUCCCCUCAUCCUCACUGCAGAUCUUCAAGCACAGACUAGGGUAAAUGCUGCUGGAUCUGGCAUAAUGAGGUAGAUGGGRGAAUCCAAGAACAUGGUGUUGAAUGGCAGGCGGCAUUGCAGCAGAUUCUCCAGUGAUCGAUCCAUAACCUCGACCAGGUCCCUGCGACAGAGCAAGGGCUCCUUAAGAAGUAGGAGAUGUAGUCAACGUGUCAUCAGUUCUACCCUUGAGGCAGAGAGACGUUAUACCCCGUCGUCGGGUAUGACUCCAAAGGAACUCUGUGAGAAUGAUGACUUGACUACAAGCCUUAUUCUGGACCCCUACCUCGGCUUCCAGACCCAUAAGAUGAAUAGCAGGUUUCGACCCAUCAAGGACCGACAAGGACAUUUGAAGGAGGUGCUUGAGUGCUUUAAAAAACAUGACAACCUCGAGAAGGCCUUCCAUGCCUUGACUGCUGGGGACUGGUCAAGACCCCACUUUCACCACAAGACGAAGGCUCAGGGCAAACUCUUCAAAGAGCAUGUUUUUGUUUACCUACGAAUGUUUGCAACUAACAGUGGGUUUGAAAUACUUCCCUGCAAUCGUUAUUCCUCUGAGCAGAAUGGAGCCAAAAUUGUAGCAACAAAAGAGUGGAAAACCAAUGAUAAGAUGGAAUACCUGGUGGGCUGCAUUGCUGAGCUAUCACAGCAUGAGGAAAGCAUUUUACUGCGACAUGGUGAAAAUGACUUCAGUGUGAUGUACUCCACCCGCAAGAACUGUGCUCAACUGUGGCUGGGACCUGCAGCCUUCAUCAACCAUGAUUGCAGGCCAAAUUGCAAGUUUGUUUCCACUGGGCGAGAUACAGCAUGUGUCAAGGUUCUGCGGGAUAUUGAACCUGGGGAAGAGAUCUCCUGUUACUAUGGGGAUGGCUUCUUUGGGGAAAAUAAUGAACUCUGUGAAUGUUACACCUGUGAAAGACGCAGUGCUGGUGCUUUCAAACCGAAGACUGGGCAGUCUACAGCCACUCCUAUAAUCAACAGCAUGUAUGGCCUGAGAGAGACAGACAAACGGCUACAUCGACUUAAGAAAUUAGAAGAUGGCAAAUGCUCUGACAGUCAGUUGGAYGGCUCUAAUAUGGAUCCAGACUCUCAGGAAAAUCGUGACACACAUUCAUCAUUAGGGAGGACAGCCUGCUCCAGUGUGACAAGGCUCAGUGACGCAAAAGCCCUAAGCARGAAAACUCUGUCCAAAAUGCCUAUGCCUACCUCAUCAUUCAAUCAAAGACACUCAAAGAACUCCAACGUGCCAGAGAGACUAAMCUCAAAGUCCGUAAAGCCUUUGCACAAGCUAGGAAGGUGUCAGGUAACUGCUCACAGGUUCCCCAUUGAGGUGGAAGCUAUGGGUUUGUGCCUUAAGGACCCCACAGAAUUAGUCAGUAACAGGGUCUCACGAAAGAGUGCGAUGGAUAAGCAAGGACCCAUGCAAGUGGUGGGAACAAGGGGUUGUCUUGUGCACUAUGCUGUGAAGGAACACAAUCAGAACUCAAUGAAAGACGGUAGUAGGUGCCCUGAUGGUUUAGCUUGCACUCACAGAACUCGCAGUUCAACCAGAGCAUCAGUUGGCACACAGGGGUCUGACAACAUUAAUCUUGAACCAAACUGCGGUGUGGUUAGUAAGACCAAGCCUACAGACCUCGGAGAGUAUGUCACAGAUGGUCACUGGAUAAUCAGCCCAAGCCUGGAUAUCAAGUGUYCAAGUGAGACCUGUCCCAGACAGAGGCAAAUGAUAAAUCAGGAGGAGCAGCACUCUUUCAGACCAGCAUCCCUUCUCCAGGAGGAGGUUCCAGGCCUGCACCAUGCAGCACGUACCCCAGACAUAGCUGAAUGCAGGAAAGAGUUGAAAUGCCUGCCUGAUGGUCGUGAGUACUACAACAAUCUCUCUAAGGGAGACAAGCUUCUCCACCUUGGCAAGGGGAAGAAGAAGCAGCAGAUWACGCGCUAUGAUUCCCAGCUGAUCCUAGCCAAYAACAGCUCAGGCAUUCCCAAGUUAACCCUGCGGAGACGAAGGGACAGCGGCAGCAGUAGGAUUGAGCCUGGUGAGUCUGACCCUGUCAAGUCCUCCAGCUCCACAAAGACCAGCAUGAAAUUUGUGAAGAACCAUCACCAUGCAAAGACCAAGAGGAGCUCUUAUGCAGCCAGAUGGAGUAAUGGGACUUUCAGUCCUGUGGACCACAUCCAUUCCUCCAAACAUGGCCUCAGUCCUGUGGACCACAUCCAUUCCUCCAAACAUGGCUUCAGUCCUGUGGAACACAUCCGCUCCUCCAAACAUGGCCUCAGUCCUGCGGAACACAUCCAUUCCUCCAAACAUGGCUUCAGUCCUGCGGAACACAUCCAUUCCUCCAAACAUGGCCUCAGUCCUGUGGAACUCAUCCAUUCCUCCAAACAUGGCCUCAGUCCUGUGGAACUCAUCCAUUCCUCCAAACAUGGCCUCAGUCCUGUGGAACACAUUCGCUCUUCCAAACUGAAGAUUCAGCUGCAGCAUGAGUGGGACAGCAGGAGGCUCAGCCAGUAUCGCCAUGGUAGUGCGCCCUUCACAGGUAUAGUAGAGAGGGAGGCAGGGGAGGUCUUUGGGCCCACAGUAGCAACAUUUGGAAUGCACGAUGACACAGAGGAAGACUCGUCCUCUUCAGAAGAAGAGGAUGAAGAUGUAUCUGACCAUGAAGAGUUUGACGAUGAUUUUAUUCCACUUCCACCAACAAAACGCCUCCGGCUCAUUGUUGGCAAAGACUCUAUAGAUAUUGAUAUCGCAUCAAGGAGACGUGAAAAUCAGUCACGAACAGUCAAUGCAUGAGCUCUAUGGGUCUUUAUUUAUGUAAAAUCACAUGCUGUUGUAAAAUGUUAACUAUUUUUGUACAUGGUGGAACUUGGUUCGUUGUUCAUAUUGUAGAAUGUGUACAUUUUACAUGGCAUACAAUGUGUAAGCAAUUAUUUUUAUAUCUUCAGCUUUAUUUUGUACAAUUGGUAAUUAUAUUUAAAGCAUUUUCUAGUUUGUGUUGGUAAACAUGCUAAAUGUUGCUCCACUGACAUCGCAAGAAUGGAACCUUUUGGGAACACACUGCAAACAAAAUGUGCUUUUGUCAACAUGGCAGUGUAUACAUGCAUAUAAAAUAAUAUGCAUUUUAUAUAUUGUUUUGAGAGCUUUUAAAAGGAACAYAAUUCUUGUUUCUUGCUGGAGGUAUGUGAAUAUGUUUGACUUCCAGUGAUUCCUGGGAGCUGGUYGCUGAUGUUUUAGUCCCGUUGUAAUCACUCAUUCCUUAAUCAAAAUGUGUUGGUGCUUGCAUAAUGAUUAUCUUUGUUAACUUUUUAGUUUGUGCAGAUGUGAUUAUUUUGGAUGUUAUUUUUAUUUUUCUAUUAAUUUCACUUAAGUCACUCAAUUCUCGAACUGUAUAAUUUCUCAUUCUUUAUUUAGCAAUCACAAAUUCAGAACUUACUUGGUCUGGCUUAGAUAUUCAAACACUUUUCUCACUUUGAUAUUUUGUUCACCAUUUGAUCAUCAGUUCACCUGAAUGACUUUGUCUGCUGUGUCUGAAUUGGGAAUGGUGUGGUGCAUGUCUCAACUUUUUAAAUGGCUCUUUAUAUACUGGACCAGUCAAAAGUUUGGACACACCUACUCAUUCCAGGGUUUUUAUUUUAUUUAUUUUAUUUUUAGCGGCUCAAAU